AUGUUCCGUGCUACUAGCUCCCGCAUGGCUGGCUUCAUGUUCCGUGAGAACCGUGUGCCCUACUACCAGCGUCUCUUCCAGAACCACGAUGGCAAGCGCCAAUGGUGGAAGUCCUCCCGCUCCGGUUACAUCAUGUACCCCUACCUCAUCUCGGUCUACGGCCUCGGUGCUGCUACCACCUACGCCAUGUGCCGCAUGGUCCUUGGCCACAAGACUUGGAUCUAA